AUGGUUGAUCCCCUCUCCAUUGCGGGCUUGACUAUUGGCGUUAUUCAAGUUAUCAUCGAACUAAGUGAAAGAACGGCAGAGCUCAUUCAUGAUGCAAAUUCCUUUGAAAGCAAAGCAAUGAAACCGGCCCCUGACCGCGGACAGGACUCGAAUGAGCUGCAGAACUUGGUCAAUGACGAAAAUAUUCAGACAAAGCUGCUUAAGACCCUACUUUUCUCCCAAUGCACGGUAUAUGGAGGCAAGACUCUCUUUGAGCAAUUCGAUCCCGACAUUCAAUGGCAGAUCGAGCUUCUCUGUGUCGAGAUCAGUUCAAUCCUCUAA